CUCCUAUCGCGGUUCGCUUUGGUGGAGACAGUCCGUUUGGAGUCAGAGUGGACUCGUAGAGGACAGCUGUGUGGAAGGGUGGAGUUGCAGCGAUACAAUGAGUGCGAAAGUAUUUUCCGAUAGUUGCUUACUUUCCGCCCGACAGCACAACACCUCGGUCACAACUUAUGCUGUUCCGUCUGACGUGCAGUUGGGGCCGGAGGGUUCCAUAUCGGACGAGUUGGCAAGGGCAAAGAGAGUUCAACAACAAGUCCAGUUGCGCCUUGCCGAAAGAAGGUCCUCAUCUCGUACUCGGCUGAACGGCUCUCACUGCACCCCCCCAGAACACAGUGGCACAAUGGGAUAUAACACAUGUGGUCCUGGAUCCAGCUCUAACUUAGCAAUACACAAACCAAGAACCAGGACCAUGGUGAUGCCCCCUGGGUCCCAGUACUUGGGUGGGUCCUCGCCUCGAUCAGUGGUGGAGUUAGGACCCAGAUACAGAAUCAGCCAGCCUCCAGUUAGCACGGCCUACCUUCACAGUGACAACAAUCAGCUGGGUGGCUACCUAACUAGCCAGGCCACCAGGUCCACCAUAUCCAGAUCCAUGUGUCAGUCCGACCAUGAGGUUCUGUCCCUAGAUCUGGGAGCCCCGCAUACCCUGUCUCACAAGCAACACAACCCACUGGCCAGCUGGGUGGCCCCCGAUGGUAUUGUCUCAGAGUGCCACUCCUACCAUGGUGGAGGUAUCCCUGCCCCUGGAAUGAUGCGUCGUACCCUAAGUGGAACUCUGGCACAAGCUGGUGGGUGGGGUGGGAGGGAGGCCGACCUGUUAUACCAGCACUCUUUCAAAGGCCCUGCCCACCGCACUAUCAGUCGCAUCAACAGACAACAUCAGCAUCUGAGCUCAGAGUCAGGGAUGUGUGCCAGUGGUGGCAGCGUGUAUGGUGCUGAGGGUCAGUACCAGAAUGUUUUGCAACGAGCUACAUCCCUACACAGCCUAAAAAGUGUAGGAAAGGGUAUGGAUGUGCCUGAUGGGGGCAGGAAUUCAGCUGACAGCAAUGAGAAACUCAGAGGAAUGCACAGUUUAGACAUGCCAACAGCAGUCAGAUACCUGCUCAUGUGUGACACAGCAAUGCAGGUGCUAGGAGCAGCCUACAUACAGCACCAGUGUUACCAUAGCAGUGAUGCCAAAAAACAGGUGCGUCUGCUGAAAGGUGUACCUGCUCUCGUGCAACUCUUCAGCAGUGACAGCCAGGAGGUCCAGCGCUACUCUACCGGUGCUACACGCAACCUCAUCUAUGAGAACAUGGACAACAAAACUGAACUUAUUGAGGCCGGGGGGAUAGACAAACUUCUCAGUGCGCUGAAAGAACCAGAUGAAGAGCUUCGAAAAAAUAUAACCGGAAUUUUGUGGAACCUGUCAUCUAAGGACAGCCUGAAGGAGAAACUGGCCCGAGAGACAUUGAAUGAGCUCACACAGAGGGUGAUUGUGCCCCUGUGCAGUAGAAGAGAUUCAGAGAUGAUCCAUCUGAGUCAAUCUGAGGCAGAUAUGUUCUACAACACCACUGGCUGUUUAAGAAACCUGAGCUCAGUGAACAAGAGGACGAGGCAGAAGAUGAGAGACAUGCAAGGGCUGGUGGACUCUCUAGUGACCUACAUCGAGAACUCCCUAGAGGAUGAGAAGGCAAAGGACAAAGGUAUAGAGAACGCAGUGUGUGUCCUAAGGAACCUAUCUUAUCAGUUGUAUAGUGAGAUCCCCCCCUCUACUCUACUGCAGUUGGAGGGCUGUACACGAAACAGAGGCUCUACUGAGUUUGAAGCCAUUGGCUGUUUUAUCCCACUGAGCAAGAAGGCAAAAGAGAAAUCGAGACUCAUCAGACCAGGCAACAUUCUUCCAGUCUUCAACUGUCCAAUUUUGCGACAGAACCAGGAACUGUCCACCUUCUCUGAGGUUAAUAAGCAACCAAAGGGGGCAGAGUGGCUGUGGCAUCCCCAUGUGGUUGGGCUGUACAACAAAGUGCUGCAGCACUGUGAGACCAACACAGCCACGCGAGAGGCUGCAGUCGGUGCUCUCCAGAACAUCACGGCUGGAGAGACGAGGUGGGCAUCAUUGCUGAGUUGGGUGAUUCUGGAGCAGGAGCAGAUGCUGCCUGUGAUUUUAGGCCUCCUGAAGACACCCAGUGCCCUGGAGAUCCGCUCCCUCACUGGCCUCCUUAGGAACAUUUCCCGAAACAGAAGGAUCCAGGAUGACAUGGCUACAAAGGUUGUGAACAUUCUGGUGAGCAAGAUCCCCAGCGAUAGCUUCCAAAAGGAACCUGGCAGUGAAGUGGUUGUCAACAUAUGUGGUACCCUCAACAACCUGGUUGCAGGCAGCUCACUAGCUGCGAGAGACAUUGCAUACUUUGAUGGACUCCCCAAACUUGUUGCAAUCAAGUCUGCUCAUGACAACAGCCCAGGAAACCUGAACGCUGCAAAGGCUGCCUCCACGGUACUCUGCAACAUGUUCCAAUACAACAAGCUGCAUAAAGACUAUAAACAAAAAGGGUUCACGAGGGAAGACUUCACUGACACCAUUUAGAGCGGACUGGUUGGCUGGAUUAAUAGCCAUAGGACAUCCACAAUGAACCUACCAUAUUGAGUCUCCAAUGGAUGCUUUGAUGGGACCUGAAUCCAUCAUAACAUUCCAGUUCCUUGAUGACAAGGAUUAUAAGUUUUUCUUUACAAUUACCAUUGUAGAAUAGUUUUCUAUUGUAUUGGCGUAAUGCAUUUAUUGAUUGUAGCCAUCAUCAAAGUGUGUUGAAUCUGGAAGUCUGAAACAAGAAUGUCUCAGUUAUCCAAGAGGAACAAGAGGUUGUGUUUGUGUGGUGCCUUAUGUGCAUACAUGUAUCAUAAUAAUUGGAAUUCAAAAAGCUUUGGAUGCCUCUUUUAAUAUCAAUACCACAUGACUUCCUUUCCUAUAGAAAGUCACCACCCCCUUUCAAAAUGUUCACCUUUUGUUGCCUUAAAUGAAACAUUAGACUUUUCCAUAUUUAUUUACACACGGUAACCCGCAAUAUCCAAAUGAAAAUAGAAUUCUGAAAAACUCAGCCUCAACAUGCCCCUCCUACAACAUACUGUUAAAGUCCACUAUAACCUUUGUACCAUAUAUAUCAAAGGAGUUUGUAAUGAUGUCCAAAUAAAGUGCUAAGGAGUGAUCAGACUUCUUUAUCUGCAA